AUGGGCACGGCUGCAUCGCGCCACCUGUCGGCGCAGGAGUUAAUCGAGAUUCAGGUGGAGUCUGGCUUUUCGCUGCCCCGGAUCGACUAUUUGUACGGCCUGUACCAGUCCCUGGACCGCGACAGCGAGGAUCGGGUGCUGCGCAGUGAGCUGUUGCGAGUGCCGCCCGUGGCGCGGCAUCCGCUGGCGGAACGGUUGGUGGACGCGCUGCUGCAUCCGUCGCUCGGCUUCCGCCAUUUUGUGCGCGGUCUGGCCCAUUUCCGGCGCAGCGAGCCGCUCGAACGGAAGCUGGCCGCCAUGCUGCUGCUGUUCGACGAGGACGGCGACGGCCUGUUGAGCGCCGAGCAGUGCCACGCCCUGCUGGUCCGCCUUCCGGCGACACGGCGCGAAUUACGGGCGAUGCGCUGGCGACUCAAUCAGCUGUUGGCGGAGAAAUCACCGGAAAUGUCACCGGAUUCCUGUAAGCUGGAUACGGAGGACUUUGCCUACAUCACCAGGGGACUUGAUCUGGAGCAGAGUCUGUCGCUGCGCUUUCAUUGA